AUGGUAUGCGGAAAGGGGCUAUGUAAAGAUGCAUGUGGACUGAGAACAAAGAAAAAAGGCAUAAGGAAAUGGGAAGGGUACUGGAUAGGAGUAUCAGAUAUUGUCUUUGAGGGAGAGUGGGUAUGGACAUCUACCCAGAAUACGGCAUCAUUUAGGGACUGGUCACCGAACCAGCCGGACAACUACCAGAGUCACCAGGACUGCGCCAUGUUCUUUGCGCCGGAUAAUUUCCAUUGGAACGACCAUUUCUGUACAGUCAAGGCUGGAUUCAUCUGCGAAAUGGAAGCAGGAGAACCAAUUGAUAUUGUAGGAUAAGACGAGGAAAGGAAAAUUAUUAUAAG